GGGGCUGGACUUCCUGUCUCCGCUACUCCUUUGGGCGGAACCGAGCUGCGGCUUCUUCCUGCAGUCUGCGAGCCUGCUUUGGAUAGAUCGAGAUGGCUGAUCCCUGGCAGGAAUGCAUGGAAUAUGCAGUAACUCUGGCAAGGCAAGCUGGAGAGGUGGUUCGUGAAGCUCUAAAAAAUGAAGUGAACGUUAUGAUUAAAAGUUCUCCAGCUGACUUGGUAACUGUGACUGACCAAAAAGUUGAAAAAAUGCUUAUCUCUUUCAUAAAGGAAAAGUACCCAACACACAGUUUCAUUGGUGAGGAAUCUGUGGCCGCUGGGGAGAAAAGUGUCUUAACGAACAACCCUACAUGGAUCAUUGACCCUAUUGAUGGAACAACUAACUUUGUACAUAGAUUUCCUUUUGUUGCUGUUUCAAUCGGCUUUGUUGUCAAUAAAAAGAUAGAAUUUGGAGUUGUCUACAGUUGUGUGGAGGACAAGAUGUACACAGGCAGGAGGGGAAAAGGUGCCUUCUGCAAUGGUCAGAAACUACAGGUUUCACAGCAGGAAGAUAUUACCAAGUCACUCUUGGUCACAGAGUUGGGCUCUUGCAGAACACCAGAGACUGUAAGAACUGUUCUUUCUAACAUGGAAAAGCUUCUUUGCAUCCCUAUUCAUGGGAUCCGAGGCGUCGGAACGGCAGCUGUCAAUAUGUGUCUUGUGGCCAGUGGAGCUGCCGACGCAUAUUACGAAAUGGGUAUUCACUGCUGGGACAUGGCGGGAGCUGGCAUCAUUGUCACCGAAGCUGGUGGGGUACUGAUGGAUGUGACAGGUGGACCGUUUGACUUGAUGUCACGGAGAAUAAUUGCUGCAAGCAGUAAAACUUUAGCAGAGAGAAUAGCCAGAGAAAUUCAGGUAGUGCCUUUUCAAAGAGACGAUGAAGAUUGAUUCUAACACCCUCACAUGCUCAGCCAUGGUUGCUGCCUCUCCCCAGAUUUGCUACCACACUGAUGGUGUCACAAAAUUUAUGACAUCAUUUCAGUCCUAUAAUGUGAUUGGUUUAAAUUGUUGUUGAUGUCCAGAUUUAAACUAAAUUGCUACUUGUUCCAUAUUUUACUAGAACUAGAUAUGAAAGAAUAGGUGAAAUGUUUGUUUCAUUGUUUUAAAAUUCUGUAUGUAAGAAUGUACUUUGGGAAAAACACACCGGCAGGUGAUGAGAUGGAUAUCGCAUCCACUGUAGUCAAUGAGCAAUUUAGAGUUUCUGAGUCUGUGAGCUUCUGAAAUUUUGACUUGCUGUUUAUUGUACAUGAACAUUCAGGGCUCAUUCUUAAUUAAACAUUCUGGAAUUUUUUUUCAGACUUACUCAAACUUUCUGGAAAGUCAUCUUUCUGGGAAACAAAUUCUCUUUAGAUUCAGAAGACUUAUUUCAUUGAAGUUUUUAAAAGUAUGAUGAGUACUUCCUUGACCUGGGUUUCUUUCUUCUCAGAGAACUUUGUUUUAUGUAUCAGUGAACAGAUAGCACUGAGCACAGUACCUGCCAGAUGGUCAGCAUUGAAACCAUGGGUAUUUUGAAGGUAGCAAUUCCAAGUUACAACAGAUACGUGAAGUAAAGAGCUCACUAUUCUGUAUUUUUACUUCAGGUUUUGAAGUAAAUGUUAUUUAGACAUCCUUUUUGUAUUUCACAUUACCAUUUCUUUUUAACAUUUGAUUCCAUACCAUUUCAUUACCAUACUGCCAGGUGGCAUUCAUUGGGCAUUUCUACAGUGAGUGUGUUUUGCAGGACACUGCGCUUCAGUGUUUAUGUGGAUUCCUUUACAGUCACUCUGUUCAGUGAUUGGUUGAGCACAGGAAACCUAGAACUUGACAGAUACAUGAAAGUGAUAAUACUGAACUGUUUGUUUCUUCUCAAACUCCUUGUUUUAUAUCUUUGUCAUCAGUUUCUAUUCAGCCUCUAAAUAUUCAUCACUAGUCUUUGGCUUAUCAAACUCAAAAGGAGAAUUUUUCUGGUUUGUAGAUACCUCUAAAGAUUAAUUUAUUGUCCUUGGCAUGUGAACAGAUUAUUAGGUUUUGUUGUUGGCUUAUGUGAGCCUUGUAUUUGAGGAAAUGUAAGUGCUUCUAUAAA